AACGACACCAAUCUUUGGGUAACGAGAAGUCGAUCGCCGUGACUGGAAGAUGUCACGCUUAUCGCUUCUCGGCUUGACGGCAGCCGUAGUGCUACUGUCGUCGUUCUGUCAAGAUAGGAUACAUGUGGAUGCUGCCGCCGCAUGCAAGGGAUGUGCUCCACCAUGUGUUUGCCCAGGAACCAAAGGAGAACGUGGUAAUCCAGGAUUUGGUGGUGAACCAGGACAUCCUGGAGCACCAGGACAAGAUGGACCAGAAGGAGCACCAGGAGCUCCAGGAAUGUUUGGAGCCGAAGGAGAUUUUGGAGAUAUGGGAUCUAAGGGAGCUCGUGGAGAUCGUGGUCUUCCUGGAUCGCCAGGUCAUCCAGGUCUUCAAGGACUUGACGGAUUACCAGGACUGAAAGGAGAAGAAGGAAUUCCAGGAUGCAAUGGAACAGAUGGUUUCCCUGGAAUGCCCGGACUUGCUGGACCUCCAGGGCAAUCUGGACAAAACGGAAACCCUGGACGACCAGGACUCUCCGGACCACCAGGAGAAGGAGGUGUCAAUUCACAAGGACGCAAAGGAGUUAAAGGAGAAUCUGGAAGAUCAGGAGUUCCAGGUCUUCCAGGAAACUCUGGUUAUCCUGGAUUGAAAGGAGCAAAGGGAGAUCCAGGACCGUACGGUCUUCCCGGAUUCCCCGGAGUUUCUGGAUUGAAGGGAAGAAUGGGAGUGAGAACUUCUGGUGUUAAGGGAGAGAAGGGUUUGCCUGGACCACCAGGACCACCAGGACAACCGGGAUCUUAUCCAUGGGCUUCAAAGCCAAUUGAGAUGGAAGUCUUGCAAGGACCUGUCGGACCAGCUGGAGUGAAAGGAGAAAAGGGACGUGAUGGACCAGUAGGACCACCAGGAAUGCUCGGACUUGACGGACCACCAGGAUAUCCUGGAUUAAAGGGACAGAAGGGAGAUUUGGGAGAUGCUGGACAACGUGGUAAACGUGGAAAGGACGGAGUUCCAGGAAAUUAUGGAGAAAAGGGAUCCCAAGGAGAACAAGGACUUGGAGGAACUCCAGGAUACCCAGGAACUAAGGGAGGGGCUGGAGAACCAGGAUACCCAGGAAGACCAGGUUUCGAAGGAGACUGUGGACCGGAAGGACCACUUGGAGAAGGAACUGGUGAGGCUGGACCACAUGGAGCUCAAGGAUUCGACGGAGUUCAAGGAGGCAAAGGAUUGCCAGGACAUGAUGGUCUCCCAGGACCAGUAGGUCCAAGAGGUCCAGUUGGAGCUCCAGGAGCCCCAGGACAGCCCGGUAUCGAUGGAAUGCCAGGAUACACCGAAAAAGGAGAUAGAGGAGAGGACGGUUACCCAGGAUUCGCUGGCGAACCAGGACUCCCAGGAGAACCAGGAGAUUGUGGUUAUCCAGGAGAGGAUGGUCUUCCAGGAUACGAUAUUCAAGGACCACCUGGACUUGACGGACAAUCCGGAAGAGAUGGAUUCCCUGGUAUUCCAGGAGACAUCGGAGAUCCAGGUUAUUCUGGAGAAAAGGGAUUCCCAGGAACUGGAGUUAACAAAGUUGGACCACCAGGAAUGACCGGUUUGCCAGGAGAGCCAGGAAUGCCAGGACGUAUUGGAGUUGACGGUUAUCCAGGACCACCAGGAAACAAUGGAGAAAGAGGAGAAGACUGUGGAUAUUGUCCAGAUGGUGUUCCAGGAAAUGCUGGAGAUCCAGGAUUCCCCGGAAUGAAUGGAUAUCCAGGACCACCAGGACCUAAUGGUGAUCAUGGAGACUGCGGAAUGCCAGGAGCUCCAGGAAAGCCAGGAUCCGCUGGAUCAGAUGGACUUUCAGGAUCACCAGGACUUCCAGGAAUUCCAGGCUACCCAGGAAUGAAGGGAGAAGCCGGAGAGAUCGUUGGACCAAUGGAAAACCCAGCUGGAAUUCCAGGUCUUAAGGGAGAUCAUGGUCUUCCAGGACUACCAGGACGACCAGGAAGUGACGGACUCCCUGGUUACCCAGGAGGACCAGGACAAAAUGGAUUCCCAGGACUCCAAGGUGAACCAGGUCUUGCUGGAAUUGAUGGGAAGAGAGGACGUCAAGGAUCUCUCGGAAUCCCAGGACUUCAAGGACCACCUGGAGACUCUUUCCCAGGACAGCCAGGAACACCUGGUUACAAGGGAGAACGAGGUGCUGAUGGUCUUCCAGGACUUCCAGGAGCUCAAGGACCACGGGGAAUUCCAGCACCAUUGAGAAUUGUCAAUCAAGUUGCUGGACAACCAGGUGUUGACGGCAUGCCAGGUCUUCCAGGAGAUAGAGGAGCUGAUGGUCUUCCAGGACUCCCAGGACCGGUUGGACCAGACGGAUACCCAGGAACACCAGGAGAGCGCGGUAUGGAUGGUCUUCCAGGAUUCCCAGGACUCCAUGGAGAGCCUGGAAUGCGUGGACAGCAAGGAGAAGUUGGUUUCAACGGAAUUGAUGGGGACUGUGGAGAGCCAGGUCUUGACGGAUACCCCGGAGCACCAGGAGCUCCAGGAGCUCCAGGAGAGACUGGAUUUGGCUUCCCAGGACAAGUCGGAUACCCAGGACCAAAUGGAGAUGCUGGGGCAGCUGGACUUCCAGGACCAGACGGCUACCCAGGAAGAGACGGUCUUCCAGGAACUCCUGGAUACCCAGGAGAAGCAGGAAUGAACGGACAAGAUGGAGCCCCAGGACAGCCAGGAUCUCGUGGAGAGUCUGGACUUGUUGGAAUUGAUGGAAAGAAAGGACGCGAUGGAACCCCAGGAACACGUGGACAAGACGGUGGACCGGGAUAUUCCGGAGAGGCUGGAGCCCCAGGACAAAAUGGAAUGGAUGGAUACCCAGGAGCACCAGGAGAUCAAGGAUAUCCAGGAUCCCCAGGGCAAGACGGAUACCCAGGGCCAAGUGGAAUUCCAGGAGAGGACGGUCUUGUCGGAUUCCCAGGACUUCGUGGUGAACACGGAGACAAUGGUCUUCCAGGAUUGGAGGGAGAAUGCGGAGAGGAAGGAUCCAGAGGACUUGAUGGUGUUCCAGGUUACCCAGGAGAACACGGAACCGACGGGCUACCAGGGCUUCCAGGAGCUGAUGGUCAACCAGGUUUUGUUGGAGAAGCCGGAGAGCCAGGUACACCAGGAUACAGAGGUCAGCCAGGAGAACCAGGAAACCUCGCAUAUCCAGGACAGCCAGGAGAUGUUGGAUACCCAGGACCAGAUGGACCACCAGGUCUUCCAGGACAAGACGGCCUUCCAGGACUGAAUGGUGAACGAGGAGACAAUGGAGAUAGUUAUCCAGGAAACCCAGGAUUGAGCGGCCAACCAGGAGAUGCUGGAUAUGACGGACUUGAUGGAGUCCCAGGACCACCAGGAUACCCAGGAAUCACUGGGAUGCCAGGGCUCAAGGGAGAAUCUGGACUUCCAGGACUUCCAGGACGUCAAGGAAAUGACGGCAUUCCAGGUCAACCAGGACUUGAAGGAGAAUGUGGUGAAGAUGGGUUCCCAGGAUCUCCAGGGCAACCAGGUUAUCCUGGGCAGCAAGGACGUGAAGGAGAGAAGGGAUAUCCAGGAAUUCCAGGAGAAAAUGGUCUCCCUGGUCUUCGUGGACAAGACGGCCAGCCAGGUCUCAAGGGAGAAAAUGGUUUGGAUGGUCAGCCAGGUUAUCCAGGAUCCGCAGGACAAUUGGGAACUCCAGGAGACGUUGGAUAUCCAGGAGCACCUGGAGAAAAUGGAGACAACGGAAAUCAGGGACGUGAUGGACAACCUGGACUUCGUGGAGAAUCAGGUCAGCCAGGACAGCCAGGAUUGCCAGGAAGAGAUGGUCAGCCAGGACCAGUUGGACCACCAGGAGACGAUGGAUACCCAGGAGCACCCGGACAAGACAUAUAUGGCCCACCAGGUCAAGCUGGACAAGAUGGCUACCCAGGACUUGAUGGACUCCCAGGAGCCCCAGGACUUAAUGGAGAACCAGGAUCUCCAGGACAAUACGGAAUGCCAGGUCUUCCAGGAGGCCCAGGAGAAUCAGGACUACCAGGAUAUCCAGGAGAACGUGGUCUUCCCGGACUCGACGGAAAGCGCGGUCAUGAUGGACUCCCAGGAGCACCAGGUGUACCAGGAGUUGAGGGAGUUCCAGGACUUGAAGGAGAUUGUGGAGAAGACGGUUAUCCAGGAGCUCCAGGAGCCCCAGGAAGCAACGGAUAUCCAGGAGAGCGUGGUCUUCCAGGUGUCCCAGGACAACAAGGACGAUCUGGUGACAACGGUUAUCCAGGAGCACCAGGACAACCUGGAAUCAAGGGACCACGUGGAGAUGAUGGAUUCCCAGGACGCGACGGACUCGACGGACUUCCAGGUCGACCAGGACGUGAAGGAUUGCCCGGACCAAUGGCUAUGGCAGUUAGAAACCCGCCAGGCCAACCAGGAGAAAAUGGUUAUCCAGGAGAGAAGGGAUACCCAGGACUUCCAGGAGAUAACGGACUUUCCGGACCACCAGGAAAAGCCGGAUACCCAGGAGCUCCAGGAACAGACGGCUAUCCAGGACCACCAGGUCUUUCAGGAAUGCCUGGACACGGUGGAGAUCAAGGAUUCCAAGGAGCUGCUGGACGUACUGGUAAUCCAGGACUUCCAGGUACUCCAGGAUACCCAGGAUCACCAGGAGGAUGGGCACCAAGUCGAGGAUUCACUUUUGCCAAGCACUCUCAGACUACCGCAGUACCACAGUGCCCACCAGGAGCUUCUCAACUUUGGGAAGGAUAUUCUCUUCUUUACGUUCAAGGAAACGGUCGUGCCAGUGGACAAGAUCUUGGUCAACCAGGAUCUUGCCUCUCCAAAUUCAACACAAUGCCAUUCAUGUUCUGUAAUAUGAACAGCGUCUGCCACGUUUCCAGCCGUAACGAUUACUCGUUCUGGUUGUCAACUGACGAGCCAAUGACACCAAUGAUGAAUCCAGUCACCGGAACAGCAAUUCGUCCAUACAUUUCUCGUUGUGCCGUCUGUGAAGUUCCAACUCAAAUCAUCGCAGUUCACUCUCAAGACACAUCAGUUCCACAAUGUCCACAAGGAUGGUCGGGUAUGUGGACCGGAUAUUCCUUUGUCAUGCACACUGCCGCUGGAGCCGAAGGAACUGGACAAAGUCUUCAAUCGCCUGGUUCCUGUCUCGAAGAGUUCCGUGCCGUUCCAUUCAUUGAGUGCCACGGAAGAGGAACAUGCAAUUAUUAUGCCACCAAUCACGGAUUCUGGCUUUCCAUCGUUGAUCAGGACAAGCAAUUCCGUAAACCAAUGUCACAGACACUCAAAGCUGGAGGACUUAAAGAUCGUGUAUCCAGAUGCCAAGUGUGUCUCAAGAACCGAUAAUCAUCCCAAUCAUCACUCGCUUUUUACUAUUUAUCAAGUUCUACUUAAAUCUUUCUUUAUAUUUUCUCUCUAUUAAAUAUCAACCAUUUUCUAUGCUUUUUACAAUGUUUCUUCAACAAAAAAUCUUCCAUACUAACAAAACUGCCAAAAGAGAGCAAGUUCUGUGUGAUACGAAUUACUCCUGCCCCCUUUGAAAACAAGAUUCUGUUAUUUUAUUGUAUUUCCCUAAUGUUCGUAAUCUGAAAAUAAAAAUUUAUUUGAUUUGAAUAAAAUUUUUGAACU